AUGGGGCAGCACUCUAAUCCGUCAAUCGCAGGAGGGAGGGACGGCGUCAGCGGCAGCAAUAGCAGAAGAUCCGCAGCGUCCCUCGGCCACUCCCGAACCUCACUCUUUCUUGCCGCGAUCCUCUCUACGGGAUCGACCGGCGGACGAGAUGCGACAAAGAGCUCCACACACCCCCGCGAUCCCUCAUGA